GCUCAUUGGUUUCUGCAUCAGCGCCACUUCCACUUAUCGACCAGUUACACGAGCCAACCACUUACCCGACGGCAACACAACGGUAGCUAUAGAGAAGGUUCCGCAGGGAGGAAGAGAGAGAGAGAGAAAGACACGAGUACAGGUUGACGAGAGAUCCUGCAGCCCUGGAGGUUCACGAGAAGGAAAAAUCAUCAGAAUGGAAGAAGCUGCUAUUUUGAACAUCACUCAUCCUACCGUUACCUCAGCCAUGGAAGGACGCGCUCAGAAUUUGUGGUCCUUACCUUUCCCUGCCUUCCUUACGCCCACAACUCAGCACCAUCACCAUCUCCAUCCUCCUUACUGGUCUCCACAUCACACCCAUCUCCCCCAUUACCUCCCCUACUCCUCCUCCACCCUUCGCCUUCCUCUCCCUCUCUCUCCACCACGUACUCUCCUCCCCUCACUGACCAGAAGGGAGUAUGAAGAAGGGUACACCACCACCACCACCACCAGAGCACCAGCCACGCAGCCUCCCCUGAUGUACAUUCCUGAUGGUGGCCAGAGGGAGUGUGAGGACUACGCGGCCCAGGGUUUCAACACCUUCAGUUUUAUUGGGUUCCUCCUCGGCGUGGUGAAUAUUGUGACCCUGGUGUCCAACAACGUCAACAACAACCUCAACAACAACAACAAUAACAACAACAACAACAACAACAAUCUGGAUAACAUUAACUUAGCCGACAGCAACAGCAACAUCAACAACGACAACGCUGUAGACAUUCCCGCAGCCAGAGAAGGAAGAUCAAGGAACAAGAGGGAAGAAGGACAGAGUGCACCGCCUGGGACGAGAGAAAGAAACGACAGAUUGCUGAAAACUCAUGAAAGGAAAGAAGAGAGGGAGGAGGCGACAGAAGAAGAAGAAGAAGAAAAAGAGGAAGGAAGAGAAGAAGAGGAGGCUGCAACGGUGGCCCUAAUCUUCUUACGGGCGUACCUCCUCCUGGCCGCCGCCGCCCCUGAGUGUGUCCCCAGAGUUGUGUGCGAGGCCAACAGCAUCGCCAAGGGACUCUCAGGAGGACUGGCUGAUGUGUUCGCAGAGUCUUUCACCAAGGCAAUGGCAGCGUGGCCUCCUCCAUCAACACUCCUUCCCCGCCCUUUGCUCCUCAAGAAGGCUGGGCGCUGGGGUCUCGAGGGGCACCCCUGUCCUGCCAUCACUACCGACUGCCACGAGGAAGACUACAGACGCCUUGAAAACGACCUAGAGACUCACCUUUCCUUGGACUCGAUAUUCCUGAAGGAGGAGGAGGAAGAAGGGGAAGAGAGAAACUUGCUAGAUAUAUUGAGACACGCUAGGAAGAUAAGGGAGAGAAACUUAGUGGAUAUCUUGGAGUCUGUUAGUAUUGUGUCCUGAAGGUUGUGAGUGUAUUGUGUUGAGUUGUCCUUGGUGUUAUUGUGGAUUUGUUUCAUGUCUGAUGUUCUUUCGUCUUUUUUUUUUUUUUUUGUGUGUGAAAUAAA